CCAGGUAUGUUGUGACACACACAAAAAACAAGGUAAAUAUAUUGGGAGUACACAUGUCAUUUUAACCAGAGGUGACGUAAUACCUACCUGUAUGUACAUUUCAUGUUGGGCAAAUGAAAUUAAAAAUCAUUACAUGUGUUAUGAAACAGAGCAUGAUAGAUUUUUUAAUCAAAUAUCAAAAAAAUGUGUCACUCAUUAAAUGACAUCGUCGCGGAAAUAAACUUGCACUACACCAAAAUCUGGUAAAAGAAGAUAAUUCAAUGUGUACAUGUAAAAUAGAAAAAAAAUCGCACAGUUCCCACCCGUAAAUAAUGAAAAUUAAGAUUGGACAUUAUUUAUAGGCUUAAUCAAAUAAGCAAUUAUAAUCACUAUUAUUACAUGAAGUACAUGGAAAACAUGUUAGCUAUGGUGUCUCGGGGUGUCUUUAGGUAGUCUUGGGUGUCUUUAGGUAGUCUUGAUGUGUCUUAGAGUGUCUUGGGGUACCGACGAAUAAAAGCCUAAACAGAAAACGAAAGUACAUGUAGUUACUAUGGCAGUUAAGGGACUUUGGUGUAGCCGUUCACUAUUUUUUUAAUUGUUGCUCAAAAUACUGACAAGGGUUCGGACAACGAUAUCAUACACCAGACUGUGACAAAUUUAGUGUGUCGUGUUUGUAAAAACAACGACAAUUAGAUUAGGUAGUCAUAGAAUUAGGAACAAUGGAUAGAAAUUCAAGUUCAGACGAAGAAUGUGAAGAUGAAAUUCCUACUUUCGACUUCACAAAACAGUCAUGGAAAGAUGAUGUGACCUUUGUUUUUGAUGAAAAGAAGCUGUACGCUUCAAAGUCUGUUUUAGCAAUAUUUUCACCAGUAUUUGAGACAAUGUUUGGUUCCGACUUUAAAGAGAAAGUAGAAAAUGAAGUGGUAUUGCCAGGAAAGAAUGCUGAUGACUUUGAAGAAUUCUUACACUGUUUGUAUCCCAAGUCAAACAAACGUGUCACUAAACAUAAUGUUCUUGUAGUGCUACCGCUAGCUCACGAAUACCAAGUUUCAACGGUCAUGAAAGAAUGCGAAAGUACCAUUCGGAUGAAUUUACAAGGCGAUACAGUUUUGAAUACAGAACAGUUGUUGAAAUACUAUAACGUUGUGUCACGUCUUGGGCUACCGGAAUUAAAGCAAAAUGUCAUAGAAGAACUGCUUGAUACAAAAGAAAGCAAAAUGAUUUUGAAAGAGGCUGAACAAACAAUUUGCCCCAACUUGCUACAUGAAUUUAAAAAUGACGUCAUUGCUAUACAAGAGGAGCGCCUCUUUGACUUUAAAACAAAAUAUGUAAAACAAUAUAUGAUGUCAACAAGAAACAUCAGUGAAUACGAACAUGCAAGAGGAGAUCUAAUAGAACAUCAGAUAGUGAAUGUUUUUGAUCCUGAUUUGCAAAAUAAUGUAUACAGCAGAUCGGUGAAAAUGUGGAACGCAAUUUUUUAUAUCAGCGCAUCUGUAGAUCAAAAAGCGGAGGAAAAACAGAGCGAAAAAUAUUUAGCUGUGUACCUAAACUGCAGUUUGCCAGAUGACAAAUGGUCAUGUGAUGUAACAGCUGACAUCGUUCUUGAAAAUGUGUUUGCAGUUCAAAAUAAGGUUAUGUCCAAAAGGAACAUUUCUAAAGUGUUCAAAGGAAAAACUGCACCAGCAUGGGGAUUCUCUUCUUUCGAAAAGCUUUCGAAAUUUUUGAUUGGUACCACAAAAAAUAUUGAAAACUACACCGGAAAAGUUACUGUAUUCAUUUUAGCAAAGCAACCAGUAAAAGAAAUUUAAGGACAAUUCAUAAUCAAACAGAGAACACAUAAAUAAACAUCCAUUAUCUGUUGUCAUAUGUAUAGACACAUUUAACAAUAAGUAAUUUGCUUUGUAAGAUGUGACUUAAUUUUCAUUUUUUUUUGUAAAUGAUUAACAAAAGUUUUAUGUUCAUUUGAUAUUGUUAAGCUCAUAAUGUUUUUACUUUGGAUGAAAUGCAUUCACACAUACAAAAUGUACUUUCUUGUAAAUGGUAGACAUGCUUUUGGGUUGUCGAUGAUUAGCUAUACCAUAGCAACUUUUUUGCAAGAUUAUUAAUUGUGAAUCUGCUAAAGCAAACUGUCGGAAACCAAUGCUACUUAUGUCAGCAUAUGUAAAUGCCUACGUUUUCAAAACUAUUACUCAUCAGCGGAAGUUGUCGCUUCGGGGUGUUUGUUUAACAUUUGAAAGGCUGACUAUCGCAUUGUUUAAGUAAUGGAUCGGCAUUAUUUUUAACAUUCUACGUCUCAAUUUUUUCGUCAUAUAUAAUGUUGAACUAAUUGUUCAUAAACAGUAAGCAAAAAUACAGUAUAUAUGAUGGCAAUAUGUUCUAGAAGACCACACGACCGAUAGAAUAUUGUUGUGAAUGUGUGCUAAUUUAAAAAUCCGGAUUUGUAUAAAUGUACAUAUCAACAAAUUAUUUUACCAUUUUUAUAAACUUUACUUUAUACAUUUAAUGCGCCACUAAACUGAAUUUUUCAAAUAUUGAAUAUGACACCGAAAAAUGUACUUGCAAUUUUCAUUUAUUAAUUUAGAAGUAAUUAAAUGAUUUUAUGGUUAAAUGACAUUUGGCAUCUUUAGGAAUAGCCUAAACUUUUUUCAUUAUGAUGUGUUAAUGAUAUCAGUAAGUAUAUGUAUAAAGUAUUGAUUUUUUAUUUGUUUAGGGCUUGAUAUUUUUUUUCUUGAUUAAGAUUAAGUUACUUACAUAGAUCUUUACAGCAUGUUGUCACUAGAUACUUGGAACAUUUUAACUUAAUACUGAGAAAUUUCAAUAAAAGGUUAU